AUGCCGUACGAAGAGCGCGGUGCUUACACGUCUGAGCAUGAUCUCUGGGCGUUGUUAACCUCCGAUCACGUACGCUACGUGCAGUCCUGUCGUGACAUAUUCUCCAGCGCCUUCUACUCGCUCUCCGACGGCGAGAUCCGCGCUCUGGAAGCGAACGGCAACUGCGCUGAGAGCUGGAACAAUGUUUAUAAGACCUAUGCGCACACUCCGCUACAGACUUCGCGCAUCCGCCAGUGCUCGUUCCAUGGGAAAGUUGUACUCGGUCGCUUCUCCACUUUCAACCAUAACGUGGACGGCAUCCCAUUCCCGUGUGGUGUCUACAACUCUGCAUUGAGCAACGUGGUGGUGCUCGACGACUCGUUAGUGAGGGACACUCUGGUCCUUCGAGACGUCCUCGUGGACACUCAAGCGUCUGUCAUCAAAUGCGGCAGCGUCACGGGGCCAGAGGAAGACGCAGUUUCUGCCAAUGGGAAUUUACUCCACGUUGGAGUGGAAACCGGCGGUCGCAACCUCCGUGUGGUUGCAGAUCUCCCCUUUGCACUGGGGGCUGCAGUUGCUACUAGGAGAGGAGAUCCUGACUUCUUGAAGACCUACGAGACCUUUGUGGACAAUUAUGUGGCAGCAUUGAAAGCUCCAAUGGCCAUUGUGGCGAAGAAUGCGCGAGUACGUGGCUGUUCCCGAGUACAGGGGACGUUUGUGGGUGGAUAUGCAGUCGUGGAGGACAGCGACGUCGUGAAUUCCACGCUACUAUCGACACAAGACGAGCCAUCUGUUAUCAGAGCCAAGAGCAUCGUCCGUGACUCUAUCGUGCAGUGGAAUUCGACAGUCGAGGCGCUCAGUGUGGUUGAAGGCUCAUUCUUGUGUGAUACGUCGCACGUGGAGCGUCAUGGAGUUGUCAUGAGCUCUGUGAUUGGACCCAACACUUCGAUUGCUGAAGGUGAAGUCACGUCGAGCUUUGUGGGGCCUUUUGUGGGGUUCCACCACCAGGCACUGUUGAUUGCCUCGAUCUGGCCACAGGGUAAAGGCAACGUCGGCUAUGGAGCGAAUGUGGGCAGCAAUCACACACUGAAGGCUCCUGAUCAGGAACUUUUCCACGGUGAAGGUGUUUUCUUUGGACUUGGAUGCAAUGUGAAAUUCCCCAGUAAUUUUGUGAAGGCCCCGUAUUCGGUGAUCGCUACUGCGGUUAAUACACUGCCACAGCUAGUGGCAAUGCCCUUCGCAUUGAUUAACACGCCAGGUCACUCCAUCCCGUCGCUUUCGCCUGCGAUCAAUGAGAUUUCUCCAGGGUGGGUGCUUGCUAGCAGCGUGUUCACUGUACUUCGUAACGAAGAUAAAUUCCGUUCGCGUAAUAAGUCCAAGCGCACACACAUCGAAGCAGCCAUUUUACGUCCGGAGAUCAUUCAGUACAUGAAAAAUGCUCGCGCGGAACUUAUAGCUGCUGAAGGCAAGGCGAAGAUUAACCUCCCGAACGGUGAAGCUGUGUACACUGACAAGCAAGUUCGAGGCUUGGGCAAGAAUUACAUGCGUGAGUCAUCUCGUCGAGCUGGAAUCACGGUGUAUACUUUUUUCAUCAAGCUUUAUGCUCUGGAUGAGCUGCUUCAACUCGUCGAGAGUGGUCAUGUUUCGGCUGACGGCACCGUUGGAUCCGUGGACAGUUCUCACUAUGAACUGGCCACGUUGGUGGAGGAGUUUGACGCAGAGAAGCGUAUUCGCGAGUGUCUGAGUGACCUCGUCUCGAUGAAAGUUGACGUCGCUAAGACGGCUGCGGAAGGGAAGAGCCGCGACGACGUACGUGGUCAACGGAUCAUCCCCGAUUACUCAGACGUGCACAAGCCAGCGAACAAUGAGGCCGUGGUACUUCGAGCUCAGAGACAUCGUUCAUACGAGGCAAACCUCGGGUUGGUUGCGGAUCGGAAAGGCCGAAGCAACGCAGGAGGAACAUGGAUGUUGUCCUGUGUAUAG